AAAAGGAGAGCUUGCCGAAUGAUGUUUCAUAAACUUCUUACAACUUGCAAAGAUGAAUUGGUCAACGCUUAUAUUAUGUUUAUUCGCAGCGGUACUUAAAGUUUCGAGUGUUGCACUAAAGAGCAAGCCGACUACAAGUGUUUUCAGCACUGACAAUGCGCUUCAAACGUCUGACCUUGAGAAGGGAGGAUGGCAAAUGGUUUUCCGCGCAGCUUCCGGAAAUGGCGAUAGCGUUUACGACGCGUGGUUAAAAGGAACAAAAACAAAUGCUGAUAAGCCUGUCUCGAUGAAAAGAUCACUCGCUUUGCACUACCGUAACCCAAUUGUUGAUAACUGGCCACAGCUUGGUGUGAAAUACGUAAAAUUUGCCUUCUACGACGAAGACAAAGAAGUUGCACAAGUUACUUUCGAUGGUACGAAUAGUGACAUAAAAACCUGGUUUGCCAAACAAAACGUAUUGACCUCCAGCUGGCCGGAUCUGACCUCAACACAGUCAUACAAUCAUUUUUCAAUCGACGGUCAUAACAAUAACAAUUUACAAGACAGGCGAUUCUUCAUCAAUAAGUUAUACGCAGGGUGUCCAAAAGAUCUUGGCUACUUGGUGGUGAUCAACUCAGAGACCCCGGCCUAUUGUUUGUGGGACAAACAUGCUACAUAUCCACAGUUCCUCUAUUCGAAGGUUACCUCUGUAGACUACUGGGACAGACGCAUGUUUGGUACUGCUGACUUCAUGGCAAUUUUUAUAAAAAGAAGCGUUUAAAGCGUAAGACUAUAUAAGCCAUUCUUUAUUAAAACAAGUUUUUUUACAGUGUUUAUUAAGAUAAUACACAGAAAUCUAUCUUAAAGCAAGCACAUGUAAAUAACAGUAAAUGAGACAGACGAGUAUAUAUGGCUAUUCUUCUCCAAACAACAAGUGAUUAACAUAAUUGCAACAAUUAUCAAGAACGUGUUUUAAAAAUGUAGAUCAGCAAUUAUUAUA